CUCAGAAUUCCUACCAAAGCCAUGAUGAAUAUUUUGCAGUAGCUAUCACUCCAAGCACGCAAGUAGUUAGUUAGUUAGCAAACUACCGAAAAAGAGACAAGCCCACGAGCUAUGAUGACGAUAUUGAAUUUCUACUCCUCUUGUCUUCUUCUGCUAGCAGCCUCCCUGCUGCAAACGGCCAUGUGCAACGGCCAAGAUGUUUCUCAGAAGAUACAGCAGGCACAAGACCUCCUCCAGCAACUGAUGACGAAAUCCGAUGAGCUCAACUGCAAAGUGGACGACGUUUCGGCAGUUCUGGAUGAGUUCAAGUGCGCGUUCAAAGAGCUGAAAGAGGACGUUGAGGUUCUUGAGAGCGCAGAGAAAGCGGUGGCGGGGCUGUCCGGAGAGACGGGGCCCGCGCUCGAGCAGCACGCGGAGGAGAUAACGGCCGAGUACGACGAGAUAGCGGAAGAUCUGGAGGAGAAGAAGGAGAUGGCUGAUCUGGUUCACCAGUUCACGCACCCGUGUGGCGGCCACGGAUGGAAGGAAAUUAUAAAUUUCGACUUUAGAAGAGCCGACUCGCCUCCUUGUACGGAUCUAAGCUCCGACUUCGCCGCAGCCAACACUGUCACAGGUCUGGCACAGACCCGACCCCACGUGUGCGUGGCCGGCAUAGCCAGCGCGACAGGUGCUACAAGCGCCGGUGGUUGCCUGGGGCCUGUGGCGAUCAACAGCGCAACGCCGUACUCUAGCGUUUGCGGAAGGAUCGCAGCGUACCAGAUCGGCAGCGCUGGAGCCUUCUUCAACGUUCUGGCCGGAGAGAACUCCAUCAACUAUCCGUACCUGAGCGGAAUAAGCCUCACUCGCGGCGGUACGCUAGACGAUAUGACUACGGACCUGGCGACGCACAUCUGGUCCUUCGUCGUCGGACUGACGAAAGGUACCGUCCCAAGCGCUCACGCCAGCCGGCGCUGCCCGUGCGAAGCGGGCGCCCCCUCACCCCCGGCGUUCGUCGGAGAGGAUUACUUCUGUGAAUCGUCAGCAACGGCGGAUUUGGCUGCGGCCGAGAUAGGCGACUUCAACGGCAUGCCGUUCACCGACAACGUGCUGUGGGACGGACUUGGCUGCGAGGGGACGACCAGCACAUGCUGCAGUCGCGAGAACCAUCCGUACUUCGUCAAGCACCUCGGAGAAAGCCUCUCCGAUCCGAUCGAUAUUCGCUUUUGUUUUACCAAUCUGGCGGCCAUGGAACAAAUUGCGGUCGAACAAAUCCAGCUUUACGUCAAAUAAAGGAUCCGGCCCUUCAAAAGUACAGCUCAACUUGAACAACGUAGGUAGCUAGCUACAAUGAAAAAACUGGUCAUAUUAGUUAUAGACAGUGUCACACAUGUAAAAGCAUUUCAGCCGUAGAAUAAUCAAGAACAUUAUAAAGCUAUAAUUAUAGCUAACCAGUCCCCCAUAUAUAAGCUGAUGUUUUAAAGCGUAAUAAUGG